AUUUUGUUCUGCGGUGCUGGUAUUUAGAGCGCAGCGGCUGACGGGCCGGGUCGCCUUCGCAGCCGCCUGACUGGUCUCCUUGCGCUCGCUUGCCGUGCCCGGCCCGUCCUCGCCCCCGCCUUGGCCCGCUGAGCUCGCCCUCUCCCCGCUCGCAGACAUGUCCGAGGCCAAGAACAGCCCCGAGUACGCCUCCUUUUUCGCGGUCAUGGGCGCCUCGGCCGCCAUGGUCUUCAGCGCCCUGGGUGCCGCCUACGGUACCGCCAAGAGUGGCACUGGCAUCGCGGCCAUGUCUGUCAUGCGGCCAGAACUGAUCAUGAAGUCCAUCAUCCCAGUGGUCAUGGCUGGCAUCAUCGCCAUCUACGGGCUGGUGGUGGCAGUCCUCAUCGCUAAUUCCCUGACUGAAGGCAUCAGUCUCUACAGGAGUUUCCUGCAACUGGGUGCUGGGCUGAGCGUGGGCCUGAGCGGGCUGGCGGCCGGCUUCGCCAUUGGCAUUGUGGGGGACGCUGGUGUGCGUGGCACCGCCCAGCAGCCCCGGCUAUUCGUGGGCAUGAUCCUGAUCCUCAUCUUCGCCGAGGUGCUCGGCCUCUACGGUCUCAUUGUUGCCCUCAUCCUCUCCACAAAGUAGCCCCUCUCCGAGCGCACCAGCCACAGAACACGAUGUAAAGACCACCCCUCAUUCCGAAAUGAACAGCCUGACCACACGCACGGGGCAGCCGCCCCCCCAGUAGUCGGUCUUGUAAAUGCGCAGUGUCCUAGUGCCCGUUGUCUGCUACCCCCGGCCUCGCCCCCUGCCCGCCCCGUGCCGUGGACAUCCGGGCCCCUCAUUACCCAUCCGGGCCUCCGGCCGCCCCCACUCAUCCGCCCUAGAGCGCUCUGUGUAGAAGGGUGAAUUAGAGUUGUCAUUUUCUCUUCACUGGAUGUUUAUUUAUAAAGAUUUGAUCUGUUCAUACGUCUGUGGAGCAGCCCUCCGUCCCCAACUAUAUAGUAAUCUUAGGUAGCGUGUUGCGUUGUGGGGUCACCGUUGGCUCUGAGACUCCUUGGAUGGAACCACCCUCCUCCAGCCCUGGCUGCCGGGGGCCGCGGGCCAGUGUGCCGGGCCUGCGAGGCCCUCGAGCCGCGCCGUGUCCAAUAAAGUUCUCGGUUGUGACUGGA